ACUCCCAUCUCUAAGUGGCCGCACGUGUUGAACUUGUUUUCAUUUUUUAAGCAGCUAAUAAUUGUGUUAAUUUAACCAUGUCAGACUUCGAAAUGGACGCCUCGGAUGACAACGCCUCGGGGUAUGAUUCGGGGGAUAACUCAGAUGCAGAGUUACAAGCGGCUUUCGAACGUGGUGAUUUAAAACCUGGCUUGAAUGUUGAAUUUAAUGGCCAGAGGGAUAGGGUAAAUGAUGUGACUAAACUACUGGCCAAGGCAAAGGACAUUCACCUAGACUUGCCCUGGGUUGAGCGGCUGGACAUGAUCAACACCCUGGCUCCCCUUGCUCCGGAACUGGCUGUCCAGCUGGAGAAGCACGAACAAAAACGCGCCAAUCUAUUCAAAGGAAAUGCUAAACUGCCCUACAUUCGUCCGGAAGAAGAUCCUGUAUUAAACGAUUUCAAGCGUGAAAUGCUCUUCCAUCGACAGGCACAGAGCGCUGUUCUGGAAGGAAUUCCCAGGCUGCAUGAAUUGGGAGUAAAAACACGAAGACCUGAUGAUUAUUUUGCAGAAAUGGCCAAGUCCGAUGAGCACAUGCAGAAAGUUAGAGCCAAUCUAAUGGCCAAGCAACAGGGACAGGCCAAAUCAGAGCGCAUCAAGCAGAUUCGGGAGCAGCGAAAGAUGGGCAAAAUGCUGGCCAAGCAAACCAAGGUUCAGCGUGAGGCAGAAAAGAAGGACAUGCUUGACAAACUUAAGAAGUUCCGUAAGGGCAAGCUCAAGAACCUGGACUUCCUCGAGGAUGCCAAAGCUCUGGAAUCAAAGCAGAAGCAGUCAGCUGAAAAACGAAAACAGCGCAACAAAAAGUUCGGAUUUGGCGGCAAGAAGAAGGGCCUAAAGCGCAACACCAAAUCCUCUUCUGCUGGACUCGAUGGCGAGAAGUCGUCUCGUCGCCAGCGAGGAGUCAAGGCCGGGGCCUCGGUCAACAAGCGGAUGGGCAAGUCGCGGCGCAUCAAGGCCAAGGGCAGAAAAUAAUCCACGAGGAUAUCCAAUCUAUGAUUAAGUGACCCGCGUUAACUUUAGUUUAUAAAUGCCCCCGACUUGUAUAGAUUUAUUAGAACCAUAAAUACAUACAUUUUAACUGCGCUA